CCCGUCACACCACACUUGCACUGCAUCAUGGAGGAGGCGGAAGAGCCGGCUCCGUCUCUCACAGACCUCCUCCAGGCGACCGCGGCGACGCGGCGCUCGCAGGCGCCCGACCUGGCGUCGCCCGCAGCCUCGAGCUACCUCGACGAGCUGCUCGCGCUCCCGCUCAAGUCGAUCCUCGCCGAGGCGUCAGCCAUAUCCGCCGAAGCCGCGUCCGUCGAGAGCGAGCUCACAAAUCUCUGCUUUAGGGAGUACCCGACCUUCAUCUCGGUGCACAAGUGCUCGUCGGCAGUCACGAGCGCGUUUGACGACUUCUCCGAGUCGCUCGGCAACCUGCUUGAUGCGGUCCCUGCCCUCGAGGACGAGUGCCGCACGUUUGUCAAGAGCACGAGCGGCGUCCAGAACACGCGAGCCAAGGCCGCGCUCGUGCAGGAGCACCAGGACAAGCUGUUCGACCUCCUCGAGAUCCCCCAGCUCAUGGACACUUGUGUACGCAAUGGAUACUACCAGGAGGCGCUGGAGCUGGGUGCGCAUGCUGAGCAGCUCGUCGCACGCUAUCCCGGCAUUGAGCUCGUCCAGGACGUAGCCAAGGAGGUCGAGGGCGUGUUCCAGCUCAUGCUGGUCCAGCUGCUCGCGCUCCUCCGCGAGCCGAUCAAGCUGCCUGCGCUAGUCAAGACGGUCAGCUACCUCCGCCGGCUCAAGUCGAUCGACGAGACGGAGCUUGGGCUCGUGUUCCUCAUGUCGCGCCUGUCCAACUUCCGCACGCAUCUCGCUGGUCUCGAUCGCGACCGCCCAGACCCGGUCCGAUACGUGCGCAAGUACGUCGACCUGUUCCGAGAGCACAUUUUCGACAUCAUCUCGCAGUUCUCGGCCAUCUUCCUCGAGUCGACCAGCGCAAACUCGGGCAUCGCGGCGUCGCAGCUCGCGUCGUUUGUUGGCCAGUGCGUCCACGAGCUCGUCGACCUCGUCGCAAAGCAGGUGCCCAAGAUGUCAAACGACAGCGCGUCGCUCUCGUCGAUCCUGGUUCAGCUCGGAUACUGUUCGCUGGCGUUUGCUCGUGUCGGCCUCGACUUUUCGGCCCUCAUCACCGAGCCGUUUGCAGAUGCCGUCAAGGACGCUUUCUCCCAGACUAUCGAAGCUGCGACCAGCUCGCUCUCGGCCACGUUGACGCAAGGCGCCAAGGCUGCUGCGCACCCCUCACAGACGCUCAUGGCACACGAGUACCUCCAGCCGCUGCUCGCAUCAGAGUCUCCACUCGGCUUCGUCAAGUGGGACGGCACGUUUGAGCACCUCCCCACCGACCUCGCUCGCUUCCCUCCCCUGGCCAUCCUUGUCAACGGCCACCUUUCCGCCCUCAACUCUCUCCGCCUGUUGGCCCCUCUCUCCCUCCACCCGCUCCUUGCAGCAACACAGGCUGCGUCUCUGCGGAUAUCGACAGUGGCCAUCACGCAAUACGUGCAGCAGCUGGCCGCUGUUGCCGACCACCUGAGCGACGCACCGACAUCACCAACGCGCUCAUCUGGCGGCAGGGCGCACCUCAUCCGCCGCAACUCGGAGACGCAGCUCACGCCCGAGGCGCGCUCCGCCAAGCGGCGCGAGACGCGCUGGGUGUGCUCCGCCUUUGCAGACACAUGGGUCAGGGUCGUCGUUCCGCUGCUCAUCGACGCGCUGAACCGCGGUGUGUACGACAACGAGGGGCAUGUGGUGUCGCCGUCAAAGGAGCUUCAGCAGGCGCUGGAUGCCUUGUCGGCGUGGGUCGACGACCAGGCCGACGAAAAGGCGCCACUGGCAGUCAAGACUGGCGCCAACGGCGCAGACAGGAACGGCUUCGCGAAGACACCGACUGGAUCCGGCGCCCCAAGCCCCGUGCCCAUUCUUGAGGAGGAGGUCGAGGCCACAGCCAUCACCGCGGAGCCCGAGGAGGCCGCAGAGGAGAUUGCCGCCGUGGAAAGGGCUGUGGAGAAGCUAGACGAGCCAGAACCGCCAGCCCCUGUCCCAGCGGCGCCCUCGGAACCAUUGCCAACUGCCAACACUACACCACCAGAAGCCAAGCACGCUGGAACAAACGGUUCUGCAUCUAAGCCCGCCUCCGUCGAGGAGGUUGAGGAAGUUGAGGAGAAGCUUUCAGUCCCUGCACCGACCGAGAGGGCUGCUGAGGCUGCGCCACCCGUUGCGGAGAAGGCGGCGGAAGUGGAGUCGAAGCCUGCGGAGGUUGAGCGGGCCGUUGACGUGAAGUCCGCACCAAUCGAAGUGGAGUCGUCACCAGUAGCUCAGAAGACUGGACAGGCACCUGCUGUCGAGGAGCCCGCCGCAGUUUUAUUGGCACCGACACCAGUCCCAGAAAAGACUGUAGAGGCCCCAGCGAUCGACGAGCCUGACGCCGAGUUGGCGGCAGAACCGCCCGUGAAGGCCGAGGCCCUCCCAGAAAACACCGCACCUUCGACGGAUUCUCCAUCUGAAGCAGCACCCCCUUCUCAGCCUAUCGAAGUAGCGGCGCCAGCUCCUGAACCAGAGUUAUCAGACGAGCCAUUACCGAAAGAGGUUACUGGCCCAGAGCCGAUAACAACAUCCGAGGCACCAUCAGCAACGGCAUCAACAGCACCGACAGCCCACGCUGCAACGGACAACAGCGUUGCAGAGACCCCCGUGGAGUCAAUACCACCCCAGAAGCAUGAGGCCGCUGCCACCGUGGAAUCUGCGGCCCCGUCUGUUGACGUGGUUCGAGACGCGUCCAAACAAGUUUUACGGGAACCUGCCACGGCGGCUGUUGAUGUUUUGCCCGCGGCUGUUGUUCCUGAGCCCAUGCCACAGUCACAACCAGACGACGCGUCACAUGUAACACCACCUCCACCAGUCGACGAAACACCAGACGCGUCUGCCGUCGACACGCCCGCCGACACGCCCGCCGACACACCCGCCGACACACCCGCAGCCGUCACCGACUCCUCGGCCCAGCCGUCGGCAGCCAACUCGCGCGCCGCGUCGCCCACGCCCGGCGACGCGCCGAGCACCAGUGGGGGCGGUGGGGCGAAGAAGAAGAACAAGAAGAAGAAGGGCAAGAAGUAG